AUGACAACCACAAGCAAGACCAACGUGUUCUUUUCCUCGUUCCAAAAUAAUGACAACAACAGCAAGAACACCAAUAGCAGCAACGACACUGACAGUAUCACUGAUGCGUCGAAUGCAACAAUGACACAAACUGCCGACUGCCGAAAGGAGGGCAAGAAUAAGCUUCUCGUUCGGCUCACCAACACCACAAGACCAAAAAACAGUCCUCCUCGAGUCAUCAAUGAUCUCCUUCGUGCACCCUUUUCUGAUAAUGCCUCCCCGGAAUGCUACAUUGACGAGGCAAUUCACAUCGCGAAGGCCAAAGAGACUAAGAGAGCGAAAAGACAGUCUCUGCGACGAAAGGGCUCUUCGAUGACGGAACGAUCUGUCAAAGAAUUAUUGCAUGACAACAGUGACCGUUUGUCAUCAUUGCUUAUGCAAUCAAGAAGCAGAAAGGAAAUGGCAGGCGACGGCUUCCUCAGCAGUGACGAUGAGAGUGACCUGGAGGAUGAAUGA